AUGGGGCUGGUGACGGACCCCCCUAUCCGAGCGCCGACUCCCACACUCAAUAAUGGAGAGUCUACUCUGCGGGAGAAACUUCCUAUGCUGGAUACCGAUGGUGGAACGACACAGUUUAGUUUCUUUAGUACACAAGCCGAUGUGAUCACCCAUGCGGAUAGCAUCCAGCUAUUGAAGUCAUCUAGUGCCGCCUUCGAAAGCCUUAUCGAGACGGGUAUGCACACGGGAUUAUGGUGGCUCCAUGUCGCAGCGCCAUCCGACGAGGAUAUCGACACGUUAUCGCGCAUGCUCGACAUCCAUCCCCUAACAGUCGAGGAUAUCAAGAUGCGCGAACUUCGAGAGAAGACUGAACUCUUCGGCCCCUACUAUUUCGUCUCCUUGCGGCUCCCACAUUGGCCUAAGAUGACGAUCGGUUCCCGGGCGUCGUCGGCCAAUAUCUACGGCAUUGUCUUCCGCGGAGGCGUCAUGAGCUUCACGUAUGGUAACAACCAACACGCCGCUCAUGUCUGGAGCCGCAUAAAGAAGCAACAGAGCCAGUUAUCUUUGACUAGUGACUGGAUCUGCUAUGCCCUCAUCGACGACAUUGUGGAUGACUUCGCUCCCUUAAUCAACCGCGUCCAAACCGGCGUGGAGAUGAUUGAAGACGGGGUGUCUGUAACACGACCCGGUGAUAUUGGCCUGGCCCUCCAAAGCAUACACAGGUAUCGCAAGGAGGUUACUCAUAUCCGCCAACUCCUACACGACAAGACGGAUGUUAUUCGGUCUUUUGCACGUCAUUGUGGCAGCUUAGGAUCGACACCCGCUGAGGUUCCACUCUACCUUAGCGACAUCCAGGACCACGUCUUGACUAUGAUGGCCAAUCUGACUAAUGCAGAGCAGAUGCUGUCGCGGUCGCAGUCAAAAUACCUAGGUCAGCUCUCGUUCGACUCUACCUGCAUGCGCAAUCAAAUCGUGGGCACUCUCUGUCGGCUGACGGGCAUCGGCGCGAUCAUAGUCACGAUGCAGGCCAUUACCGGCCUCUUUAGUAUGAAUAUCUCCAUUCCUGGAUUGGGUGUGGCCGGCUUGUCGUGGUGGUUUGGUAUUUUAGGGCUUAUUUUAGGACUUAUCUUGCUAUUCUUGGUGGUUGCGAAAAGAAUCAUGCGCAGGUAG